AUGACCGAAUUGAACAUGUGGGAAGAUUAUUGGCAUAGUUUUAAAAAUUCCCUUCCAACUACUCUGACCAAACUCCUUUCUCUUAUUGAUAGAAUAACUUUUCCUAAUAUAGUUACCUUUAUUCAAAUUCUUGCAACUAAUCCAGUAGCAACAUGCACUUGCGAAAGAUCAAUCUCUGUUAUUCGUCGUUUAAAAACCUAUCUACGUAACACAAUGUCACAGAAUAGAUUUAAUAGUCAUGCUUUAAUGCACGUUCACCAAGAUAUCAGCAUCGAUGUAAAUGAAGUGAUUGAUUGUUUUGCUAGGAAAAAUCCUCGUAGAAUGAAACUUAGUAAUUUAAAUAGUGGUCCUAGAAAGUUCUGA